CGCCGUCUCACCAUGUCGACGGAACAGGCCGAAGAGGGCGCUCAACCGUCGAAGAACGCUUUGAAAAAAGCCGCAAAGGAAGCGGAAAAGGCUGCGAAAAGUGCGGAAAGAAAAGCGCGACAAGAUGCUGAAGCAGCCGCUCGAGCGGCAGCCGAAGUGGAUGACGCGGUGGGAAACUAUGGCGUGCUGCCCUUGAACCAAUCACAGACGAAGACAGGAGAACAACGCGUCCAAAUCGAGUCUUUGAAUGCUAAUUCAGAAGGAUACAGUGUCCUCUUCCGAGCUAGGUUGCACACCUCUAGAGCUCAAGGAUCAAAGAUGGUUUUUGUUGUAUUCCGCCAGAGGCAAGCCACCAUCCAGGGCCUUUUGCAGGUCAAAGAAGGCGCUGUCUCUAGACAGAUGUUGAAGUGGGUGGCUGGAAUUACGACGGAGAGCAUUGUGCUCGUUCGAGGAACUGUCGCAAGACCGAUUGAAGAGGUACAAAGUGCUUCUGUCAAGGACGCAGAGAUACACAUCAACACACUCCAUGUGGUCUCCCCUGUUGAAACGCGAUUGCCCUUCACGAUGGAUGAUGCCUCACGCCCCGAAGCGGAAUACGAGAAGGCUGAGAAAGAAGGCAUCCAGUAUAACAAGGUGCUGCUGGAGACACGGCUGAACAACCGCGUAUUAGAUCUUCGCACACAGACCAAUCAAGCUAUAUUCACUGUGGAGCAUGGAGUUUGCGAACUCUUUCGAUCGUUCUUGAACUCUCAAGGUUUCACCGAGAUUCACACGCCCAAGUUACAGGGCGCUGCAACAGAAAGUGGCGCAUCUGUGUUUAGAGUGCAAUACUUUACUGGUCUAGCCUUUUUAGCUCAGAGCCCACAACUCGCCAAACAAAUGGCCAUCGCUGCUGACUUUGAGAAGGUAUAUGAGAUUGCUCCAGUAUUUCGAGCGGAGGAUUCCAAUACACACAGACAUAUGACUGAGUUCAUGGGCCUGGAUCUCGAGAUGGCAUUUGAAGAAACUUAUGACGAGGUGGUCGAUCUUCUUGAUUCCCUCUUUCUCAAUAUUUUCGAGGGUCUAUCUACCCGCUACGCCAGUGAAAUUGCGCUAAUCGGUAGACAAUUUCCCGCUGAGCCGUUCAUGUGGCGGAAGAAGGAUCAAGGUGGCACCCUUCGUCUACGUUUUUCUGAGGGAAUAUCCAUGUUGCGAGGAGCCGGUGCAGAUGUGGAUGAUCUAGAAGACUUAAGCACGGAGAACGAAAGGUGGCUUGGACGUUUAGUCAAGGAGAAGUUCAGUACCGACUAUUAUAUUCUUGACAAAUUCCCAAUGGCAAUCCGCCCAUUCUACACCAUGCCUGAUCCUGAGGAUGACCGCUACUCCAACUCGUAUGACUUCUUCAUGAGAGGCGAGGAGAUUUUAUCCGGGGCACAGCGUAUUCACGACGCCCCACUUCUGGAAUCUGAGAUGAUCAAGAAGGGCAUCGAUCCGGCAAGUAUGAAGCACUAUCUGGAUGCCUUCCGUUUGGGUUGCCCUCCUCAUGGAGGCGGCGGCAUAGGUUUGGAACGCGUGGUCAUGCUGUUCUUGAAGUUGAAUAACAUUCGUCGAGCCGCCUUGUUCCCCCGCGAUCCUAAGCGACUUGUUCCGUAGUGACCUGACGAGACUGCUUGUGUAACCACCUUUGGACUAAAUACAUGCCCGGAAUGAAAUGAAAUCAAGUGUUG